AUGGCUUCAAAUUCUAUUAAACUGCUUGCUCCAGAUGUUCACAGAAAUUUAGCAGAGUUGGUUGCUAAAAGACUAGGUUUGCGUCUAACAGAUGCAGAUUUAAAGAGAGACCCCACAGGUGAGGUUUCGUUUUCUAUUGGUGAAUCCGUUAGAGAUCAAGACAUUUACAUUAUUAUGCAGAUUGGAUCAGGUGUGGUUAACGAUAGAGUUCUUGAACUGCUGAUUAUGAUAAAUGCUUGUAAGACAGCUUCAGCAAGGAGAAUUACUGCAGUUAUCCCUAAUUUCCCUUACGCAAGACAAGAUAGAAAGGAUAAAUCAAGAGCACCAAUUACUGCGAAAUUGAUGGCUGAUAUGUUGACAACAUCAGGUUGUGAUCAUGUUAUAACGAUGGAUUUACACGCUUCUCAGAUACAGGGAUUUUUCGAUAUUCCAGUGGAUAACCUUUAUGCGGAGCCAAGUGUGGUUAGAUAUAUCAAGGAGAAUGUUAGUUGGAAAGAAGCUGCUAUCAUUUCUCCUGAUGCAGGUGGUGCCAAGAGAGCUGCUACUUUAGCCGACAGAUUAGAUUUGAAUUUUGCAUUGAUCCACAAAGAAAGAGCAAGGGCAAACGAAGUUUCUCGUAUGGUUUUAGUAGGUGAUGUAACAGAUAAGAUUUGCAUCAUUGUUGAUGAUAUGGCUGAUACCUGUGGUACUUUGGGUAAAGCUGCAGAAGUUUUGUUAGAUCAUGGUGCUAAAUCUGUUAUCGCUAUUGUAACUCAUGGUGUCUUAUCUGGUAGGGCAAUUGAAAAUAUCAACAAUUCCAAAUUGGAUAGAGUGGUUUGUACAAAUACCGUUCCAUUCGAAGAAAAAAUGAAAUCAUGUUCUAAAUUAGAUGUCGUUGAUGUUAGCAGCGUUUUGGCGGAAAGUAUCCGUAGAUUGCACAAUGGUGAAAGUAUCUCUUACUUGUUUAAACACUACCCACUUUGA